AAUUGAAAAAAAAGUAUCAACUUGUGUAGUGACACUUUGGCUUCUCCAAAAAGCUUUCCCCUAUUUCCAUUUCCCUCAUAAGCCCCAAUUCUAGUUUUUCAUUUUCUUUUAGAUACAAAACAAUACGACCAAAUCUAAAAUCAUUAAUGAAAUUUUCUUUCCUUUGCUCUUCCCAAAAAGUCCACACUACUUAGAUUUCAAAAAUCUCCCCCCUCUCAAUAACUCUUCUUUAGUACUACUUUCCCUCUCUUUGAUUCUUCCCCAUUUUCCAUUUUAACCCUAAAUCUCUUCACUGUCCAAAAGGGUUGAAUUUUUUCUUGAUUUUACUACUCUUUUUGACUGAAAGGGGUGUCUUAGAAUUGCUUUAAAUCAUUAAAAAGACACUAAAGUUUACAUUUUUAAUGUUGUUUUAGGUUUCUUGAAGUUUUGGGUCAUUCAAAUUUUGUCUUGUCUACUUUUGGGUCACAUUCGUUUUGUCUGAUUCUGCUGUUUUUGUGGUUUUUACAGCUCUUUGGACUAAAAGGGGAGUUUAAGAAUUGUUUCAAAUUAUCAGAAAGACAACCAUGUUUACUUUUUUAAUGUUGUUUUAGGUUUCUUGGAUCUUUUGGGUCACUUGUAGAUGGUCUCAUUUGUCUGAUACUGCUGUUUUCUUGGCUUUUAUAGCUCUUUUUGACUAAAAGGGGUGUCUUAAAAUUGCUUCAAAUUAUCAAAAAGACACCCAAGUUUACUUUUUUAAUGUUGUUUUAGGUUUCUUGAACUUUUGGGUCAUUCAGAUAUUUUCUUAGUUACUUUUGGGUCACUUUCAUUUGUCUGAUACUGUUGUUUUCUUGAUUCUAUUAGCUGUUUUUGACUAAAGUGGAGUCUUAGAAUCUCCUCAAAUUAUCAAAGAAACACCCAAGUUUGUUAUUUUUGAUGUUGUUUUAGGUUUCUUGAAGUUUGGGUUAUUCAGAUAUUGUUUUGGUUGCUUUUUGGGACAGUUUUAAGAAUGUCUGAUGAUGUGGUCAUUCAUUUUGCAUCGAAUUCUUCUAACCAAUCUGACCAAUCUUUGCCUGCUAAGAUGGCGAAACUCGAGGCAAGAAUGGUGGGGAAAGGUUCAUCUGCUACAUCACAGGGUAAUUCUUGGCCUGCUCCAGCUAUGUUUGGAGCUGCUGAGAAUGUUGCUGAGCCUGCUGCAUUUAGUGAUUCAGAUGAUGAUGAUAAUGGAGUGGAAUAUCUCAUACUAGCAAACACUCAGAAGCGGCGCAAACUUGAAGAAGACAACAGCUCAUCUUCCAUUGAACAUGUGGAGACAACAGCUGAUACAGUGAAAAAGACAGUAGAGAAUACAGAAACAACCAAAGUGGGUUCAGAUGUGAAUAGACGAAAACAAAGCCGUAGUAGGGGACAAACUAAUUCUGGUAGAGGGCGUGGUUCCCGAGUUAGUGAUCCGACCAGGUUACAACCUGUUCCUGUGCCAAAUGGUCAGUUCGAGAACUCUUACAAGAAGUUGCAGGAUGGUUUGCCUAAAGAGCAACUUGGGCACAAUGGACAGACUGCAUCAGAAGAGGAAAUCACUUCUUUACGGGCAAAAGUUGUGGCUUUGGAGGAAGAGCUUAAGAAAUCUCGUCAAGAGGCGACGGAUUAUCAACAUCGGUGUCAACAGCUAGAAAAGGAACUGAAGGAUCUUAAAGAUUACGAGCUGCAGACUAAGCCAAAGAGAACGAAAAUAAUGUCGGAAUUGCUAAUAUCUGUUUCAAAAGCCGAGAGACAAGAGGCACGAAUGAAAGUGCGCCAGGAAUCUUUGAGACUGGGCAAUGUAGGAGUAAUCAGAGCUGGGACCAUUAUAUCUGAGGCCUGGGAAGAUGGGCAAGCACUAAAGGACCUCAAUGCUCAACUUAGGAACUUAUUAGAAACGAAAGAAGCUAUUGAACGGCAGCGUAAAUUGCUGAAGAAACGACAACCAGAUAAAAGUGAUGGAGGAGAUGUGGAGGGAGGUUUGCAGGAAGAAGAUUCUCUCAUUCAGGAUGAAAUCUACAAAUCCCGCUUAGCUAGCAUCAAACGAGAGGAAGAUAUGAUAAUGCGUGAGAGAGACCGGUAUGAACUAGAGAAAGGAAGGCUGAUUCGUGAAAUGAAACGCAUACGUGAUGAAGAUGGAUCUCGUUUUAACAAUUUUCAGAUUUUGAACCACCGAUAUGCCCUCUUAAACCUUCUCGGAAAAGGAGGAUUUAGUGAGGUGUAUAAGGCUUUUGACUUAGUAGAUCAUAGAUAUGUUGCAUGUAAGCUACAUGGACUAAAUGCUCAGUGGAGCGAAGAGAAGAAGCGAAGUUAUAUGCGACAUGCAAUUAGGGAGUACAACAUCCACAAGUCUUUGGUGCACCAUCACAUUGUGCGGCUCUUGGAAAUUUUUGAGAUAGAUCAUAACACAUUUUGCACGGUCUUGGAGUACUGUAGUGGAAAAGACCUUGAUGCAGUUCUAAAAGCAACACCCGUGUUGCCAGAAAGGGAAGCAAGAAUCAUCAUUGUGCAGAUUUUUCAAGGCCUUAUUUACUUAAAUAAAAAGUCGCAGAGGAUUAUCCAUUAUGAUCUGAAGCCAGGGAAUGUUCUAUUUGAUGAGCUUGGCGUUGCUAAAGUCACUGAUUUUGGCCUAAGCAAGAUAGUGGAGGAUGAUGUUGGAUCCCAAGGUAUGGAGCUCACGUCCCAGGGAGCUGGAACGUACUGGUAUCUACCUCCUGAAUGCUUUGAGCUAAGCAAGACACCUCUUAUAUCCUCAAGGGUUGAUGUCUGGUCAGCUGGUAUUUUGUUGUACCAAAUGCUGUUUGGUAAGCGCCCCUUUGGACACGACCAAACACAAGAGAGAAUAUUAAGGGAGGACACUAUUAUUAAAGCAAGAAAGGUUGAGUUUCCUACAAGACCAGCCGUCUCUAAUGAGGCAAAGGAGUUUAUUCGUCGUUGUUUAACGUAUGAUCAAGCAGAGAGGCCAGAUGUUUUGACUAUUGCUCAAGACCCUUACUUGACAUACACAAAGAAAUGAUAGGAAGAUGUCAAUCACCUCAACUUGGACAGAGAGUCGCGGUCUCUUGUCUAUAAAAGUGGUUGCUCUUGUAAUGUAGGUACAAGGAGUGGUGCUCGGGGGAUUUUGUACAGUUGUAAAGCGCGUGUUAUUUUUUGUACCUGUACUUUCAUCUUGUCCACCCCCAUGUUUUCCAUUUUUCGCGUUUCUCUUCUUGGAAGGUCUUUUAUGCCAUUGAUGAGUAUAUCGAUGAACUGUCAUGGCGAUUAGGAAAUCAAUUGGGUAGAUUCUACCUACUUGUAUGUUGGUAGACGGUAUACAUACUUUGCUUGGAAGAGAAAAAAACAUGCAAGAGAAGUGGUUGAUGAAAAGAUUUCAUCACCUAAUGUUUGUUGUUUAAUCCUAUUAAGUUUGUAACUGAAUUUUCCUAAGACUUAUUCUGAUUCUGAACAACCUAUGAUAACAAUUACUUCAAUUUAUGCAACUUAUUUUCCUUUUUA